UCCACCCCCCAAGAUUACUGUUAUAAACAUGAGCCACGUCCAAAAGGUCAUAGGGAAAGGUGUUGCUUCAUUUUAUAAGAAUAUUUUCAUACAAAUAAUUAUAAAAAAUAUAAUUAUAAAAAAUAAUUAUAAAAAAUUUACUGAACAUUUGUGAAAUGGCAACGACAUGUGUUGACUACUGAGCGGUGAUUGCAGUCAGGUACAAAGCACUGCACCAUGUUGCUGAUGCAAUCGUUAACCUCUUUCAAACACGCACACAAUAUAUAAAAUACACGAUGAUAAAUAUAAAAAUCAAUACACGAAACCUAUAUAAAACACUAUUUAUUUACACGAUUAAUACUGAAAGAACUGCUUUUACUGCAUAUUUACUAUAUAAAAUAAAAUUCACUGGAGGAAAAAGUUUGUGCGGCCGUCGUCAGAUUUGGAAGUCACUCAAAAGGCUCGUUCACGGCUGUGGGAUUCAGUCAAAUUCAGUGAGGCGCGGUGGUUUAUGGGAUGAGUAGUUCCUUCGCUCGAAAUUAAAAUAUGUACACAGUCUUGUACCUUUGACUUUUUUUGGAUUUUCUAUUACUUUUUUCACUCAAAAUAAUAUGUUACAUUAUCACUUGAGCUUACAUGUAAGCUUAUAUGAGUUCAGCCGUAGCUGGUUAUCCUCACACAUGCUCUAAAACUCUUUAGAUAAGGAUUUUUGAAAGUCAAUUGGGAGAAAUGAAUGGGAAAUUUACUUCCGGCACCAAAGCUCUCUCGGGCUGUGGGCGGGACUGUGAUGCUCUAUAGACGAGUUUCCUAUGUGAAAUAGGUGGGCCGCCAUUAUCCUUUCACUCUGCCAACGUCUUCCGGUUGUGUCUGCCGAUAAUUUCCGGUUAGCGAGUUAGCGUCUUUUACUGUCUUUGGUUAGCGUGCAGAAAAAGUAAAUUAUGGAUGGUGUUACACGCCGACACGGCUCCGGGACAUAUUGUGCUGUUCGCGGUUGCAACAACUCGUGGCGAUUGCUGAAUGUUUGGUCGGAAGGAGAAUGUUUCGACCAUCAACCAUCUACAAGGCGCCAAUGUCGAUGUGCUACCCUGUAUGCGUUGUAUGAGAAACCAAAAACAGAUGUUGAAUCUCGGAAGUGGCUAGCGGCUUUGAAGUUGAAGAAUCCGCCCAAAAGACUGUUUGUUUGUUCUUAUCACUUCAUUGAUAAAAAGCCCACAGAGGAAAACCCUUUCCCGGAACUUUGGUUGGGAUACGAGCGACCUCCCCAGCAAAAGAGACGUAAACUCGACAGAAACACAAGUGACACGCAAUCGGAUGCAGUGUGCAUCGAGCCGAAGUUUAAAGAUGCUGCAACACAAUGGGAGGACCUAACAAAAACUGACCACAGCUACGCGGCAAAGUUGGACCACGUGAACAAAUCGACGCAGACUGGGGGUCAGACUGUGGCUGAUGAUAUGCUCCUGGAUGAUGAUACCUCGCUGCUGUACACAGGACUGCGUCUGGUAGACCUCCUCCACCUCGUAUCAUCGGGGGCCAGCCAGCUUACACAGUCCACAGAAUACUAGAUGUCCGUCAAGUACGUUAGUCCCAGCAGUAUCUUGUGGACUGGGAAGGCUAUGGUCCCGAGGAGCGCUCCUGGAUUCCUGCCAAAGACAUCUUAGACCCCAAACUAGUGCAAUAAUUUUAUGCUCGCAAGCCAAGUUGUCCUGGAGGGAACGUCAGGGGCUGUUCCUAGAGGGAGGGGUCCUGUCAGAGCUUUUGUUUUGCAAUGUAUUAUUUUUGCCACUAGAGGUCCCCAAUGUGCCCUCACAUCAACAUUGUGCCUUUCAUAAUCAGUGUUAUUGUUUUCACAUGUUUCUCAUUCUGGGCUGUUUAUUUAAGCUGAUCACUUCCUUUGCAUCUUUGCUUGGUUAUUAUUGUUCCUAAGCAAGUUGCUGCCGUAAGUCUGCUCUAGUUCCAAGAUCUAUGUCUUUUGCAUUAUUGACACACUGUAUUCCUAAUGAAUGUUGUUCAGUUGCUUUGACGCAAUUUAUUUUGUUUAAAACGCUAUAUAAAUAAAGGUGACUUGACUAUUCUUUGAAAGUAUUUUUGAAUUGUUUUCCUGUGAUUAGUUUUGUUGUUUUUCUCUGAGUUUUUGUUUUGGAGACUAUUUUACUCUUUUUGACCCUUUCUGGUCUGAAGAUCUUUCUGUUUUGUAACCUAACUCUAAACAAAGGACAUUUUGUUCCCUUUUGCUGUUUUUGUUAAAUAAACUCUUCUGAGUUAAGUUAAGAAGGCGUCUGACUAUUCGGUUCAACUACCUUUCUGAAAAAAACCCAGACAACGACUAUGACUUGUUUAAUGACUUGUUUAAUCAAUAGACGAGUGAGCACAAGUGACACUGAGAAUUAUUAUUUCUCUUUUCUGUCACACUGUCUAGCUUUUCCCAAUAACCACAUAUGUGUUCUUAGCCCCUUGAGUUUGUGCAUAUGUGGCAGGAAGUGCAUGCACAUAAAAAUACCAAAGUUCAGUUCUCUAAAUGCACACAAAACCCACACCACGUCUAUCAAUUCUUUGGAACGUUAUUUGAGGCUAAGCUUGUCCAUUUAUUCAUCAUGUUCAAGAAAUCACUAAUGCAGGCAUGUGCCCGGAAUUUUCUUUUAUUAAAAGUAAAGUGUGCAUAACUUCAUUGGUACAGAGAUGAGUGUGUAUUUUGCAAACCAAUUGCAAUUGCUUUUUAUCAGUUAUAUAAGAAUAACCACAAUUAAAUUGUGUCAUACAAAGGGACAUUCAAGUCAGAGAUGGAAGAUACAAAAGAAUAGAAAAGAAGGCAAGGAAAAGCAUGUUCAAUUUGUGGAGUGAAUAAAGAAUGAGAGGAGCAAAAUGUAUAUGGAGAAUAUGGAGCUUUAAAAUAUGCACACAAUUAAAGUUAAUUUAAUGUGU